AAAAAAUCCAUCUCAGAUUUUCAUUUCAAAUGUGAUUCUAAGAUUUUAUUAUUUUCAAUUUUCAAUUACCUUCUAAAUCAAUUAUAUAUUUUUUUUCGAGAAAUUGGUUAGCUAAGCGACUUCGUAAAUUGUGAGGUUUUUGUUUGAUCAAAAUUUUCUUCACUACUAUUUUUUACUAGAUGUCAGCUACCAAUAACUACUAGAGUAAAACGAAAUAUUUGUGGUCUUUAACUAAUUAUUUAAAAACAUUUAUAUAGAGGCAAAAAUAAUAUAGAAAAAGUAUUCUUUAAAAUAGACCCUAAUAAAUCGUUAAUAGUUUAUUUGUUGUGUUACAUAGAAAUUGAAACAUUAAAUAGAGUGCUACGUUCGGGUCUGUACAUCGAAAGUGGACAGUGGCGGCGGUGGCUCGGCCGAAGUAAUGGUGUACUCUCUUGGCUGGGGCAUGGGCGAGCCGGAGCGGCGUGGCGCGGAUCGCAAGCGCGCCCAGCCGCCCGCGACUGCGCACUCCACCCUCUCGCCAGACGACGGCCACGAGGUGGACGUAUUACCGCUGCACAAUCAGGUGGGCGGCCACACUAGACUAUUAGUACUAAAUGACAGUACUGUAAUCAAGCCGCUGAAUAUUCGAGAGCUGCAUUUCUACCAGAACAUUCCUGAAGAUAUCCAGAACUUCGUACCUAGAUACAAAGGCGUGAUGCAGGCAUCUAAUACGGGUGGCAACAAAUUGGACAAGCGGUACUCGCCAUGUUUCCGCGACGAGAACGGGCGCAAGCAGUCGCUGGGCGGCAAACGCAAGCGCGACGACGUGUUCAAAUUUAAAGUACACCGAAAUGGCAAUGCGGGCGAAGUGCUCAAGAGCAUUGCACACAUGGACAACUCGAAUAAGCAAUAUUUCCUAAUGAUGGAGAACAUCACGUCAUCAUACCGGCGGCCGUGCGUUCUAGAUCUGAAGAUGGGCACGCGACAACACGGUGACGAUGCCACAGCAGAGAAACGGAGCAAACAGAUUGCCAAGUGUGCUGCCUCCACUUCAGCGACACUCGGAGUGCGGUUAUGUGGCAUGCAGGUGUACGUGCCGGAGACGGGCGCGUGCGUGCGGCGCGACAAGUACUGGGGGCGCGCGCUCAGCGAAGCGGGGCUGCGCGACGCGCUGCGAGACUUCUUCGGCGCGCGCGGCCGCGUCGUGCGCCGCGUACUGCGCGACCUGGACGCGCUGCGUCGCGCCAUCGCCAAGCAGACCAGCUACCGCUUCUACUCCUGCUCAUUGUUAAUAGUCUAUGAGGGCGACGUACAGAGCGAGCCAGCGGUGGACGAGACGACGGCGAGCGAGUACGAUGGGGACGCGUCGAGCAGCUCAACAGACCUGGCGCCCUCACCGGGACACUUCGACAUGUCCACGCUGCACGACGAGAUCUCAUCGGACUUGCACGAGGCGCGGGAGCCGUUCCAGCCGCACUCGGAGGAGACUAUGGGCGGAUACGAGGAGGGCGAGGUCGCAUCGCACUCGCCGCGACGCCAGCCGCCCAGCCCGGACUCCACCGAUAGCUGGAUGGCGUACUCGUCCACGAGUAGCGAGUCGUGGCGCGGAGAGGCAGAAACGGACGCGGAGGCGGAAGCGAGCGGCAAGCGGCCGCGGACCAGGCCACAAGCAGCAGCGGCACCCGCCUGGAAUACACCACGACCGCGACCGCAGCCGCCUCUGCCCGCUGAACGAGUCGAUAUCCGUAUGAUAGACUUCGCGCACACGGCAUAUGCGGGCGCCGCGGCCGAGUCGCCGCUCGCCACCGCGACGCCACACCACGGUCCCGACUGCGGCUUCCUUACCGGUAUCGAUAGCCUCAAGCGGCUACUCACCGAGAUCCUGCCCCCGCAGCCUUACAGUUAAUGAGCCGUCGCGCUCAAGAGCCGCGUCCGAGCGGACGACUUGUAGAAAAAAAUAUCAAAAUUUUGGCAACUUCCUGGACAAAAGGCGGGGAGCCGCCACCGCGUCCUAGCCGUGCCGGCGAGGCCGACGACGUCGACGAGGUCGACCAGGUCGCUUGUGGAGUUCGCGAAAGUACGUUUGUAGCUCGCCGACGGUGUUUCGAUGUUGUUGAAGUAAUUCGAUUGAUACUAUUUUCAUCAAAAAUUUUAAAAUAUUCGACUGAUGUAUCUGUUAAAAGUAGGAAAAUAACUGAUUACUAUGUAUUUACAUAAAAAUGACACAGGGUAUUUUUAUUUUGUACGGUCCGUGCCCACCUCGCGCUCUAGUAUAUUAAAGGCUUCCUUUCUUUUUAUGUAAUUGCAUGGUAAUUAUUGCACUUAGUGAAUGUUGGCGGUACAAACUACGUUAAUUUAAUAUUAAAUUUAUAUAAUUUUCAAGUGGGACCCAGUAGGUAUUUUUAAACUUGUAUUUUUAAGUAUUACUAUUAAGUUGUUCCAUAUGGAGACAUGCUUUUGAUUUGAUCCUCGCUUUUUGACUUCUAAGUUUCGACUUUAGUAUGGUGGUUCGCUUUUGUAUCGUGAUAAUUAUCAAGUUGACAUUCCCUGUCAUUGCUAGUAUAAUUUGAGUUUUUGUUUAACGCCAUAAAUUAUUUUUAAUUAUGUAAUGCCCACAUAGUAUUGCCACCCGGUUGUUCCUUUCUUUUGUUUGCAUUUAGUUCCCACAUGUAUUAAUUUAUAGUGCUACCACUGUGUGUGUACUUAUCGCACUCCACACCGCCAUAUUUAUUGUGUUUCAAAUCAUACAGGUACUAAUUGAUCCCAGAAAAAUGAAGCCAAAGUAAUAUUAGAUUAUAACAGGUAACAAUAUCUCAUUCAAUAGUAACACGAAAAUUAGAUAUGAAACAUUUGUACUAGAGCAUAUGAAAAUAGAAUUAAUGACAUCCAAACAGAUGUUUGUGAACAAAUGUAAUAUAUGUAAGUUAACGUUUUCAGAUCGAGCCUUGCUACAUUUUGUAUAACAAGUGUUUUGAUGAGUAUUCAUAUAAUUAGACACUUGUUUGACAAAAAGUUAAUUAUAAUUUUGCUAACAGUAUUAUGAAUGUAUGUGAGGAUGUUGAGUGUCACUCUGUUUUGAAGAGUACUGUGAAAUAUUUGUAUAAAGGUGUCAGUUGUAAAAGUUUGUACUGGUUUAUUUUGUGAUUGAAACAUAAUUAGCAAGUAAAUAUUCGUAAUUAUAUAGAGGCAGCUUAGAACCCUUCCUUGAUGUGGCGUAUGCUGUGGGAGAUGGCUAUGUCAGCAGUAGACAUUUAAAGGCUGACAUAGUAAUACAAUAUUCACAGACUAAGUCAGUGCAAACGUAAUAUUAUGCACACGAUUCAGUGGAUGUGAUUGGCCACCAGUGUUAGCUAAAAUUCCUUCGUGCUGCAUUCAUCAUUGUAUGUCCUUUAAUUUUUUUAUUAGUGGGAUAAAUUUAUGAAAAGUACCUGGUUUAAUUAGGAUGCUAGGUUGUAUUUCAAGUUAUCAUUUAUGUCUGUUAUUUUAAAUAACUUUAUGAGACACAUAUUUUGUUUAAUAAAUUUUAGGUAUUGA